UUUUGUGAGUGUAAUUGGGAGGUGACUUUCAACAAUACAACACCAUGUGCCUUAAGAGGGUCAUCUGUGGUGUUUGGAUGCAGUUAUGUCUACCCCUCAGACCAGACUAUAACAAACACCUUCUGGAAGUUCCAGACUCAAAAAGAGGACAAUAAUUUCUUUGAGGCCCAGCAAUAUGGAGGACGUGUAGAAUACCUUGGAAAUAGAGAACACAACUGCACCUUGAGAAUUAAUAACCUAAUUAGUAGUGAUGCAAAUUCAUACCUCUUCAGAUUUAAGACAGUUAACAAUGGUGGCAAAUCAAAUGCAUGGAACAGUAAAACAUGGGUUACACUAACUCUGACAGGUAAUUUUUCUACCAGAAAUAAAUCCCACUCUCAUAACACUAUAAAACAUUCAGUGAUGACUGUGUUUCUUACUCCUCUCUACCAGGGCUGACAGCUGUAGUAAAACCUGCCACUGUAGGAGAGGGAGAGAAGGUGACACUAAUGUGUGCCACAACCUGUACACUGAGUGACCAUACCACUAUUGUCUGGUUCAGGGAUGGACACUCAGUACCCAACACAGAGUUCCUGGCCAGCAUUGAGGAUUCUGGUAGAUACCAAUGUACUGUUCAAGGUCAAGAUAAUCUCACCUCUACUCCAGUGUCUCUUGAUGUCCAAUGUGAGUUAAUACCUGAUCUACUAGACAUGAGCACAUCAUAUCACUGUAUGCAUUUUAGAAUAAGGCUGUAACAUAACAAAAUGUGGAAAAAGUCAAGGGGUCUGAAUACUUUCCCGAAUGCACUGUACAUUCAAAGCGCUGCACCAAGGAUGUGCUGCCUCUGAAAUGUGUUCAUUUAAUUGCAUUAUAUUCCUAAGAAAGUUAAAAGAAACAUUUUUGUUUUCUGUUAAAAUAAUAGGAUGAAUUUAGAAAGACCUAUGUAGAUAGCAUGGUGUUUUCACAUAUAACAGCCCUUGUUCUGUUGGUGUGAAUGUCAAUGUGAUUGAUAGCAAAUUUGAAUUGAAUAUGACACACAGCAGUGUCUAUUUGCUGAGCGUGGCGGUGUUUUUGCAUUGUGGUUACUUUUGACAGGGUACGUAUGGUGAGAGGAAAUAACACAGUGAUGGCUACUAACGAAAUGCAAAACUGUUCUGAGAACAUUAAUAAAUAUAUUCUGACCCAUUAUAUUUACUGGAACCACUAAUAGGGAUGAAAGUUCAAUCUUGUGGUUUUGUGAAAUACACAGACAACCAAAUGUGUGGUGAGAGGUACUAUAGCAGUGUUGUGGUUCUAUAUAGAGAAAUAUGCUUAACAUCAUAUAAACACUUGUAACCUUACUCCCUCUCCUACAGAUGCUCCAAAGAAUGUCACAUUGUCAGUCAGUCCAUCUGGAGAUGUUGUUAAGGGUAUCUCAGUCACUCUCACCUGCAGCUGCAGUGCAAACCCUACUGUGUUGAGCUACAUCCUGUAUAAGGAGAGUGGACAGCCCCUUACAAAUCUAACACCAGCACAGAGUCACACCAUUCAUAACAUCCAUCCAGGGGACAGUGGAGGAUACUACUGUGAUGCCAGAAACAGUAUCAACACAGGCAGAUCUAAUGUAACUACCCUCAAUGUUCAGUGUGAGUAUUGGCAGUUUAAUUUGGUGCUAAAGAACUGUAGGCCAACAUGAGUCACUUUGUGAUGCCAGUUCCUUUUGGAAGAAAUGUACAGUGCAUUGCAAAAGUAUUCAUCUCCCUUAGCGUUUUUCCUAUUUUGUUGCAUUACAACCUGUCAUUUAAACAGAUUUUUAUUUGGAUUUCAUGUAAUGGACAUACACAAAAUAGUCCAAAUUGGUGAAGUAAAAUGAAAAAAAUAACGUGUUUCAAAAAAUUCAAAAAAAUAAAUAACGGAAAAGUGGUGCGUGCAUAUGUAUUCCCCCCCUUUGCUAUGAAGCCCCUAAAUAAGAUAUUGUGCAACCAAUUACCUUCAGAAGUCACAUAAUUAGUUAAAUAAAGUCCACCUGUGUGCAAUCUAAGUGUCACAUGAUCUGUCACAUGAUCUCAGUAUAUAUACACCUGUUCUGAAAGGCCCCAGAGUCUGCAACACCGCUAAGUAAGGGGCACCACCAAGCAAGCGGCACCAUGAAGACCAGGAAGCUCUCCAAACAGGUCAGGAACAAAGUUGUGGAGAAGUACAGAUCAGGGUUGGGUUAUAAAAAAAUAUCAGAAACUUUGAACAUCCCACGGAGCACCAUUAAAUCCUUUAUUAAAAAAUGGAAAGAAUAUGGCACCACAGCAAACCUGCCAAGAGAGGGCCGCCCACCAAAACUCAGGACCAGUCAAGGAGGGCAUUAAUCAGAGAGGCAACAAAGAGACCAAAGAUAACCCUGAAGGAACUGCAAAGCUCCACAGCGGAGAUUGGAGUAUCUGUCCAUGGGACCACUUUAAGCCGUACACUCCACAGAGCUGGGCUUUACGGAAGAGUGGCCAGAAAACAGACACUGCUUAAGAAAAAAAUAAGCAAACACGUUUGGUGUUCAUCAAAAGGCAUGUGGGAGACUCCCCAAAUAUAUGGAAGAAGGUACUCUGGUCAGAUGAGAUUAAAAUCAAGCUUUUUGGCCAUCAAGGAAAACGCUAUGUCUGGCGCAAACCCAACGCCUCUCAUCACCCCGAGAACACCAUCCCCACAGUGAAGCAUGGCCGUUGACAGCAUCAUGCUCUGGGGAUGUUUUUCAUCGGCAUGGACUGGGAAACUGGACAGAAUUGAAGGAAUGAUGCAUGGCGCUAUAUGUAACCAACUUCACAUAUCCCCCCAGAAAAAGGCACAAAAUGUACACCCACACUUCAGGUUGACUCUGUUUUUAUCUGCAGUAAAAGAUAUCAAACAGUGAUUACAGGCAUUGACAGGACGGUCACAGCCACACGUUCACUGCUCUCAGAAUAUCUCUCUCAGCCUGAAUCCACAAAGUGAUCGUAUAGUAUACAUGCGUUGUGUUUAGAAAAUAACAAAAAUACAGAAAAGCAUACCUGCAGUAAAAGAUAUCAAACAGUGAUGACAGGCAUUGACAGGACGGUCACAGCCACACGUUCACUGGUUAGGUAGGACACAAGAUAUAUAUUAGAUAGGAGCAACAGUAGUGAUACAGUGGGGGAAAAAAGUAUUUAGUCAGCCACCAAUUGUGCAAGUUCUCCCACUUAAAAAGAUGAGAGAGGCCUGUAAUUUUCAUCAUAGGUACACGUCAACUAUGACAGACAAAUUGAGGAAAAAAAAUCCAGAAAAUCACAUUGUAGGAUUUUUAAUGAAUUUAUUUGCAAAUUAUGGUGGAAAAUAAGUAUUUGGUCACCUACAAACAAGCAAGAUUUCUGGCUCUCACAGACCUGUAACUUCUUCUUUAAGAGGCUCCUCUGUCCUCCACUCGUUACCUGUAUUAAUGGCACCUGUUUGAACUUGUUAUCAGUAUAAAAGACACCUGUCCACAACCUCAAACAGUCACACUCCAAACUCCACUAUGGCCAAGACCAAAGAGCUGUCAAAGGACACCAGAAACAAAAUUGUAGACCUGCACCAGGCUGGGAAGACUGAAUCUGCAAUAGGUAAGCAGCUUGGUUUGAAGAAAUCAACUGUGGGAGCAAUUAUUAGGAAAUGGAAGACAUACAAGACCACUGAUAAUUUCCCUCGAUCUGAGGCUCCACGCAAGAUCUCACCCCGUGGGGUCAAAAUGAUCACAAGAACGGUGAGCAAAAAUCCCAGAACCACAAGGGGGGACCUAGUGAAUGACCUGCAGAGAGCUGGGACCAAAGUAACAAAGCCUACCAUCAGUAACACACUACGCCGCCAGGGACUCAAAUCCUGCAGUGCCAGACGUGUCCCCCUGCUUAAGGCAGUACAUGUCCAGGCCCGUCUGAAGUUUGCUAGAGUGCAUUUGGAUGAUCCAGAAGAGGAUUGGGAGAAUGUCAUAUGGUCAGAUGAAACCAAAAUAUAACUUUUUGGUAAAAACUCAACUCGUCGUGUUUGGAGGACAAAGAAUGCUGAGUUGCAUCCAAAGAACACCAUACCUACUGUGAAGCAUGGGGGUGGAAACAUCAUGCUUUGGGGCUGUUUUUCUGCAAAGGGACCAGGACGACUGAUCCGUGUAAAGGAAAGAAUGAAUGGGGCCAUGUAUCGUGAGAUUUUGAGUGAAAACCUCCUUCCAUCAGCAAGGGCAUUGAAGAUGAAACGUGGCUGGGUCUUUCAGCAUGACAAUGAUCCCAAACACACCGCCCGGGCAACGAAGGAGUGGCUUCGUAAGAAGCAUUUCAAGGUCCUGGAGUGGCCUAGCCAGUCUCCAGAUCUCAACCCCAUAGAAAAUCUUUGGAGGGAGUUGAAAGUCUGUGUUGCCCAGCGACAGCCCCAAAACAUCACUGCUCUAGAGGAGAUCUGCAUGGAGGAAUGGGCCAAAAUACCAGCAACAGUGUGUGAAAACCUUGUGAAGACUUACAGAAAACGUUUGACCUGUGUCAUUGCCAACAAAGGGUAUAUAACAAAGUAUUGAGAAACUUUUGUUAUUGACCAAAUACUUAUUUUCCACCAUAAUUUGCAAAUACAUUCAUUAAAAAUCCUACAAUGUGAUUUUCUGGAGAAAAAAAUUCUCAUUUUGUCUGUCAUAGUUGACGUGUACCUAUGCUGAAAAUUACAGGCCUCUCUCAUCUUUUUAAGUGGGAGAACUUGCACAAUUGGUGGCUGACUAAAUACUUUUUUCCCCCACUGUACAUACCCUCAAUGUGAAGUAAUAUGAAGACAUAAAUACAGAGCACAAGUACAACCCUUUUAUAUAAACCUUUUAAGGUAGUAAGAAAAUAAACAUUCACUUAAUUUCAAUAAGUCACCUGCUAGCAAAUCACCUGCUGGCAAUAGCUAGUGUGACGUUGUAGUGCAGUGACCAAUGGUGCUAGUUAGCUCACCAUUAACAUGGCAAGCUAAGCCAGCAAAAACUUGGUUAACUUGCUGAAAUAGGUCUUCAAUACAUUAAUGGCAAAAUAAAUAUAUACAGUACAUAGCCACAUUUGCAAUUGACUUUAGGAUAUAUGAACCAGUUUUCCAAAAACACUUAUGUUAUACAGUUUUAAACAGUUUUUAUAUACAGAUGAAGGAGACACAAACCUGCUCUCAGAAUAUCUCUCUCAGACUGAGGAGCAGGCAGACCAACAUCCCAAAUAGGGGAGAAGCACUCAAAACCCACUAGUUGUUCUUUUUUUUUUAAAUGGUAAAAAAAAUGGUAAGUCCUAAGACCUCUGGUAUUACCAACCUUAAUACAAUGGCAGCAAAUAUUAUUAUGAAUUCAGUAACACAAAAUUAAAGGAAACUUUAUUUAUAUCACCCCUUUUCCUGAAGUGAAUGGUUUCACCCAUGGUUCUGCACGCUCAAGUUUUCUGUUUUCUUGUCUUAUUUCUUGUUUGUUUCAUUAAAAAAAAUAUUUUGGAUCUUCAAAGUGGUAGGCAUGUUGUGUAAAUCAAAUGAUACAAACCCCAUAAAAAUCUAUUUUAAUUCCAGGUUGUAAGGCAACAAAAUAGGAAAAAAUGCCAUUGUAUGCCUUGUUGACGCUGUGUGAAAGAAAAAAGGCUAUUUGAUGUACUCGCAGCUAUUUGUUUUCACUUGCAGACCCUCCUGAGGACAUCUCAGUAACAGUCAGUCCCUCUGGUCCAGUGGUAGAGGGCAGCUUUGUGAAUCUGACCUGCAGCAGCCAUGCUAAUCCAGCAGUGAGCUACAGCUGGUACAGAGUCAAUGGGAGCACCCCUGUCCAGUCAGGGACUCAGUUGUUAUUUGAGGCUGUCUCUCCUGCUAACUCAGGGAGGUAUUACUGUGAGGCAUGGAACAAACAUGGAGUCCUCAACUCAUCACUCCUGUUUCUUGAUGUUCUGUGUAAGUUAACGAUGCUUGCUGUGAGGGAUGUCAGUUUUUUGUGCUAAAUUGUGUGUGCUUUCUUUAUAGGGAAGCAGGUUGUGAAAACGUUAUGUUGUUUAGCAAGACAGUUUAAUCACACUGCAACAGUUUUCCACAACAGUGUAAACAUAACGGGUCAGCAGAGUUGGAGUCAAUCUCAAUUCAAUUCCUGUCUGUUGAAUUGGACAUGAAAUACAGUAUAUCCUUAGGAAGCAAUGCAAUCUCAGUCUGUCAGGAAUGUAGAUUACAUUGACACCUACCCUGUUGGCCAGGGCCUGAUUUCCCAAAAUCAUCUUAAGGCUGUGUUAAUAGUUAGUCUGCUAAAUGGCAUAUUAGAACCUUCGUAGGAGUAUCGUUAAAUCGCUGAGGAAUUUCGUAAAAACCGUCAUUUCUAAAUUACACUUGAAAACGCUUGUUAUUUACCAUCUGCCUCAGAUCACUCGAAGAACAGCUAAGUGCGUCAUUAGAUGCGUUUUUCCCCUACCAUGUCACAUUAUACAGAGAAGAUCUCCGCUAAACAUAGAAUCAAGAUGUUUAUCUGUCUCUCUGUGACCGUCAAUAACUUCACAAUGAAGUUGACAAAAAAUUCAAAGUUGCCAAUGUCUUUGCAAUUGCUACAAACAAGUGAAGGAUAAAAAUAUGUUUCAAAUAAAAACAGAGAUAACUGAAUUAAAACUGAAUAUAAAAUAAAAUUAUGAUAAAUCUGUAACUGUAAUCUGUUACUUUACCAGCAAAAAUAUUGUAAUCGGAUUACAGAUACUUUUGAAAAAGUAGAUGAUUACUUCUAGGAUUACUUUUACAUUCAGAAACAAUGUUUUGGGAAAAAAAUUGUCAAUGACAUUCACAUCAGUUUGUUCUGCCUGAGUGUGUGACCACAAGUCAGAGACCACUAUGAUGACACACAAAAUGCAUUUGCUGGAUCACGGGAAAAGAGCAGGAAUAGGCUUUUGUAGGCUACAGUCCAAGCAAGAUAUGUCUUCCAUUGGUGCGACUGCUGUCGGCAUCCAAAGAUUAUCCAACUUGAAUAUUUAAAAAAUACCCACAUUUGGGUAUUUUAAAUGUGGUCAUCCUAUUGUUAAUGCAAUAGAAUCCUACUCCGAUGCGUUCUCCCUACAACAAUAUCUCUUGCAUAAUUUGUUUUGAAUACUAAGUCUUGCAUAGUUUGUUUUGUUUCGGUAUGUUGCAUUGAAAGUGGCUAAUAUUAUGUUGAUUCUAUCAUAGUUCCCACAGUAAAAGGAAACAUUGAUAGUGUUAACUAAUGGGCAAAACUCUAGAAAGUUGAGUGAAGUUCAAGCUCGUGCUUCUCUGGCUGAUAUUUCUUCUGCAUGGCAGUCCCUGAGGAGCUGAGUGUCACAGUUUAGAGGGAACAUUGGUAACUGGUAACUGUAACAGAUUACAUUUAGAAAGUAACCUACCGAACACUGAGUAUAGGCGACACAUACAGUGUAUUCGGAAAGUAUUCAGACCCCUUGACUUUUUCCACAUUUUCUUACUUUACAGCCUUAUUCUAAAUGUAUUAAAUUGUUUUGUUUUUCUCAUCAAUCUACACACAAUACCCCAUAAUGACAAAGCAAAAACAUUUUUGUAGAAAGUUUUGCUAAUCAUAAAAAACAGAAAUGAAAAUAUCACAUUUAUAUAAGUAUUCAGACCCUUUACUCAGUAUUUUGUUGAAGCACCAUUGGCAGCGAUUACACCCUCGAGUCUUCUUGGGUAUGACGCUACAAGCUUGGCACAUCUGUAUUUGGGGAGUUACUCCCAUUCCUCUCUGCAGAUCCUCUCAAGCUCUGUCAGGUUGGAUGGGGAGCAUUGCUGCACAGCUAUUUUCAGGUCUCUCAAGAGAUUUUCGAUCGGGUUCAAGUCCGGGCUCUGGCUGGGCCACUCAAGGACAUUCAGAGACUUGUCACGAAGCCACUCUUGCAUUGUCUUGGCUGUGUGCUUAGGGUCAUUGUCGUGUUGGAAGGUGAACCUUCACCCAAGUCUGAGGUCCUGAGUGCUCUGGAACAGGUUUUCAUCAAGGAUCUCACUUUACUUUGCUCCGUUCAUCUUUCCUUCGAUCCUGACUAGUCUCCCAGUCCCUGCCACUGAAAAACAUCAACACAGCAUGAUGCUGCCACCACCAUGCUUCACCAUAGGGAUGGUGCCAGGUUUCCUCCAGACGUGACACUUCGCAUUCAGGCCAAAGAGUUCAAUCUUGAUUUCAUCAGACCAGAGAAUCUUGUUUCUCAUGGUCUGAGUCUUUAGGUGCCUUUUGGCAAACUCCAAGUGGGCUGUAAUGUGCCUUUUACUGAGGAGUGGCUUCCAUCUGGCCACAAUACUAUAAAUGCCCGAUUGGUGGAGUGCUGCAGAGAUGGUUGUCCUUCUGGAAGGUUCACCCAUCUCCACAGAGGAACUCUAGAGCUCGGACAGAGUGGCCAUCGGGUUCUUGGUCACCUCCCUGACCAAGGCCCUUCUUCCCCGAUUGCUCAGUUUGGCCGGGCGGCCAGCUGUAGGAAGAGUGUUGGUGGUUCCAAACUUCUUCCAUUUAAGAAUAAUGGAGGCCACUGUGUUCUUGGGGACUUUCAAUACUUCAGAAAUGUUUGAAUACCGUUCUCCAGAUCGGUGCCUCGACACAAUCCUGUCUCAGAGCUCUACAGAGAAUUCCUUCGACCUCAUGGCUUGGUUUUUGCUCUGACAUGCACUGUCAACUGUUGGACCAUUUAUAGACAGGUGUGUGCCUUUCCAAAUCAUGUCCAAUCAAUUGAUUUUACCACAGGUGGACUCCAAUCAAGUUGUAGAAACAUCUCAAGGAUGAUCAACGGAAACAGGAUGGACUUGAGCUCAAUAGUCUCAUAGCAAAGGGUCUGAAUACUUAUGUAAAUAAGGUAUUUCUGUUUUUUAUUUUUAAUAAAUUUGAAAACAUUUCUAAAAACAGGUUUUCAUUUUGUCAUUAUGGGGUAUUGUGUGUAGAUUGCUGAGAAAUAAAUUAUAUUUAAUCAAUUAUAGAACAUGGCUGUAACGUAACAAAAUGUGGAAAAAGUCAAGGGGUCUGAAUACUUUCCGAAGGCACUGUAGGCCUAUAUAAUUAAAGAAUAUUGAAAUCAAUUUAAUGUUCAUUCAAUUGACUUCUAUUUUGCUAAUUGUAGGCUCCUGUCUGUCAUUUCUGCCUGAAUAUUUUUUAUUAUGUGUAACGUGCGCAAUUUUGUGCCAAAUCUUGAUUUAGUGUAUUAUUAUAGGGUAAGCAUUAGAAUAAGCUGCCUCAAUAUUUGCAGCCGUAGGUAAUAUCUUUCUAGUAGCUGAUGCUUUGUCAGUAUUGUGGAAUCAUUCUAACGUUAAGCUAAGAUUUGAAUGGAGAAAGCUGAUCCGAGGACAGCGUUGCCUUUCUUUCAAUCCUUAGCAAACGUUCUCUCUGCAUGGUGUUUAGGAAAGAUGCAUAAUUAAAACACUCUUAAGCCUAAAUUCCAUCACUAUCAGGAAUCCGGGCCCAGGACUGUUUAUUAAUCAUUACUUAAUAUCGAGCAGUCAGCACCUUUCUGCUUGCUUUAGAUGCCCCAAGGAACACCUUGGUGUCAGUCAGUCCCUCUGGUCCAGUGUUAGAGAGAAGCUCUGUGAAUCUGACCUGCAGUAGCCAUGCCAACCCAGCAGUGGAGAACUACACCUGGUUUAAGAAGGAUGGAGCAGACACCUCACAGACAGGGUCAGGAGAAAUAUUGAGAUUGACCUCUCUAAUCUCAUCUGACAGUGGACAGUACUUCUGUGAGGCCAGGAACAGAGAAGGGGCUCACAACUCUACUGUGGUUCCUCUGACCAUACAGGGUGCCAAUCAUGGUGAGUGUGGAGGGAAAUGUCCUGUUCUCCUGAAUCAAUAUGUUCUAAAUGUGAAUUCCCUUCUCUUGAAUGUAUUUUGUUCAUGUACCCUGUGUCUUUUUCAGCUACAAAUACUGUCCAAAUGCUAGUUUACAUUGGUUCCGCGCCCACAGCUUUCAUGGUGAUCAUUACUCUUGUGUUCCUAUGGAUGUGGUAAGUCUAGCAACAUUGUGUACUCAGUUCAAUAUCAUAAUGCAGAGUAUGAUGGCCUUGUGGUACCUAUUUGUCCCCCCAAAGAAGUGUGUUUUCUUUGACAGGAAGAGCCCGUUCAAAUUAUGUCAAAAGACUGCUGUGGACAAAAAGGUGAGUAGAACACAGCAUAUACACUCUAAUUCACAAUACCAAUAGCAUGUCAGUGCAAUAGUGUUAUCUGAAGGUUUGAACGCAUUAAGUGUUCAUGGUACUUGAACAACAUUCAAGCACAAGCUUCUAUUCCUCCCCAGUAACAAGAUAUUUAGUUUAACCAACAGAUGAAAAUACGGUGAGUAGUCAAUAUAUCAAACAUUUUGUCUUGUUUUUGACUGAUUCCAUCUUUCAGGACGAUCAAAACCCAGUCUUAUCCAGUAGAAGGACCAGUAAUGACCCAGCCACACAGGAAACUAGAACGGAGGAACAGGAACAUGCCCUCUAUGCCAACGUUCAACUGCCUCCCUCUCACACCCACCACCAAGACAGUUCUAUGUACUCUGUGGUCCAGCCACCACCUCCGCAGAACCCUCCAGACCCUCAUUACGCUACCUUUGACUUCCAGCAGUUCCACAGCUCCAUCGACAGAGCCCAAUUCUCCAGACCCCAUGGAGAGGAUGAUGUUAUAUACUCCAUGGUGAAAGCCAGACAGGCCAAUGUGGCAGACAACCUCCAGUAUGCCAGCAUCCAGUUCCCCCUCCCCAGUCCUACUGCCAGGUAGGAGUGCACUCACUAUCAGUUCAGUCCUUUUCCAUAUAACCUAUUUCAGGAAGUCAGUUUAUUUAAAAUGUUUAAUAUACUCAUACAACAACUCUAUUUGAUUUUUGCAGGCCAGAAGAAAGUUUAGAGGCGGACCAUUCUGUUAUCUACUCCACUGUUGCCAAACCUGAAGCC